AUAUAUAUUUACUAUGUUUGUGUGUUUAACUGUUUUAGAAAAAAAAGAAGAUAAUAUACAAAUGAUAAUAGAUUCAAAAUGAGCACAACUACUAGAAAUUGGUUUAUAGUAUUUUGCCUAGUUUUAGGAUUAAUUAGCAAAGCACAAUGUGUUGCCAAACGAGCAUUAGAAACAGAGAAAUUAGAGGAUGAUGAUAACUAUGAUUACAUCGACUAUGACUACACUGGUAAUGAGAAUGAUGACAGUGAUAAUGAUAAUGAUAACAACGACAAGAAUAGUUCAAAGUCGCUCACAGCAUCCAUAGGACAUGAUCCACCAUAUUUUGAUCAAACGAAUGUUCAUGUAUCCGCUUAUCCGAAUAACGAUGUGAUUUUAAAUUGUGAUGUUCGAAAUUUUCAUGUGAAUAAUGUCGUCAUCUGGUAUAAAGAUCAAACAGUUUACUCUCAUGGACAAUAUACGGCAAAUCCACGAGUAGAGACUUUAAAGAACAACUCAAUAUUAUUGAAAAAUAUUCAACCCGAUGAUGCCGGCAGCUAUUAUUGUGAAGUCUUUCCCGAAAAUAUACGUUUGCAUGUAGAGCUUGAAGUAAAUAAAUUGCUAAGCAUUUUAUGUGAUGGUCGGGACGUUCUUGAUCGAACAAUAGUUUUCCGGCAGGGCGAGUCUCAUAUCUGUGAGUGUAAGACAAGAGGCUCGAGUGAAGCCAACAUUAAAUGGUCUCUUAAUGGUAAUCGUUUUGAUGAAACCCUUGGUGAAUUAAUGCAUGGUUCGAUAAUUCUGAGUGGCAUCGAGGAUCAUCACAGUGGUAUUUAUCAGUGUCUGGAUGAUGACGGCAGUGAAAAGCCUAAACAUGGCAUGUUCAAUAUUGUUGUCCUGUUCCCACCAAAGGUAACAACACAUCGACACCAUAUUAAUACAGAAAUAGGUGGAAAUGCUGAUCUAUACUGCGACUACAAAGGAAAUCCCAUUGCUAUUACCACUUGGUUCAAAAAUAAUCAACCCAUUAAAUAUUCAGAAAAGUACAUGAUGACAUAUACAAUGGAAACACAUUUCAAUCGAAGUACACUUACUGUCAAAGAUGUCUCGGUCGAGGAUUUGGGUGAAUACGUAUGCAGAGCAGAGAAUUCAAUCGGUUGGAAUGAACUUGGGACACACUUAAUGCUAGAGCCCGAAAAAGGCCAAUUGGAAGAUGUUAUAAUCGAUGGUAAAAAAGUUACAUUACAUUGGUUGGUACGCAGUCUUCAGCCAUUAUCGGAAGCAGUUUUGGAUUACAAAAUGUCAGGGGCCUACACAUGGAGCUCAACCACGGUUAUACAUACACAACGUCAUGAGAAUGGCAUCUGGAAAGUGACUCAUGAAAUGGAGUUAAUAGAGGGUGAAUGGCAAACUCGUAUGAAAACUAAAAACAUUAUCGGAUGGUCGAAAUUUUCCGCUCCAUUUAUCUUCAAAAUUGAAGACGAAGAUGAGAUCAACAAUGAGACAAGUAAUGAAAAGAUGGCAAUGGCUGGAUUUGGAGUUACAAGGAGUUCUUCUUCAACAGUUUAUAAUUCAUUUCUUCAAAGUAUUUUAAUAUUAGCAUUGAGCAUGCAAAUUUACAUGCUUUAGAUUUUAGAUUAAUAAAUAUGUAUAUUGUCAAUUAUCUUCCAAAAAAAUCCUAUAGUCAGGAAUACAGGUGCAAUCCUAUUUAUUAUGUAUUAUAUAGACAAAUUUUAAAUAAAUAAUUAAAGAAAA